AGGUGGUGCUUUUGCUUUUCAGUUCCCCAGACUCCGUAUCUCCUGGGGACUGCAUCUGAGGCUUCGCUUACUUGAUCAGAAUUUGGUAAAGACAACAAUGGCAGUAAAGAGAAGUGUGGCCGCAGGACAUUUCAUAGUACUUUUUUGUAUAAUAGCAGUGCUGCCAUCAGCUACAGCAAUCAAGAUAUACACAAGGAACAAGGUGUAUGGAGUUCGAGGUGAAGAUGUGAGGUUGUCUUGUUACUUUUGGUCCUGGGAAUGGCUUUCAGAUGAUGUAACUCUGUCUUGGAGCUUCCGCCCAGAAGGCAGCAGAGAGACCAUUUCGAUAUUUCACUACAAUAAUGGUGUGCCCUAUAUUCCAAAUGAGAGAGAGUUCAAGGACCGAGUUGAAUGGGUGGGAAACAUGGGAUGGAGAGAUGGAUCCAUCAAAAUUAAGAAUUUGGAUUUUACAGACAAUGGCACUUUCAUAUGCGAAGCAAAGAACCCACCAGACAUAGUUGGAAGCCCUUCCAGUGUACAGCUUGUCGUUUAUGAGAAAGGUCCUGUUCAAGCUGGUGUGGUGACUGGUGCAAUCGUUGGUGCUGUACUGGGACUGGCCCUGCUGAUUGUUGUCCUGAUCUAUUUGAUUAAGUGCCUUAUGGGCAGACGGAGAGUGCCAGUAAAGGACAUAAGCAUUGUUGAGAAAGGCAAAUCUGGCAAAGCUGCAAGUGGACGACAGGGCCAAGUUGUAUAUGCUUCACUAGACCAAUCAAGCAAGAAGUUCCACAGUGAGAAGAAAUCCAAAGGUGUUGAAGGUUCAAAGAAAGAAAAGAAAUAGCAGUUAGAGUCCAGGGAAAGCACGCCAGGAACUGCAGUGAAGGGUUCCCCACAGGGGUCACGAGUGGUUAUGACCAUUGAAUUGGAACUGACAGGGAAAGGGGAACCAUUACCUGAGUCAUCAGAGGCACAACCCCCACCUCCUCCUCCUCUUCCUUCAUCCACAGUCCCAGGGAAAAAUAAGGGAAGCAACAGGAAAAGUCUAAAGUAGUAAACAGCUGGGCUUUUCUUAUUUCUUCUCUUUGUUUCCUCUGAUCUAUAGAAGGCUGGUGGUAGCUCCAGGCUUGCUUUGGAGAGAAUAACCUGUCAGUGCAAGUUCAGUGUCUAGGGCAGUUAAUAUACCAAAGCUUAUGUCAGAUUAAUAGCUUGCUUUUACUGUUGAAGGAUGUAAGUAAUUUCUAGCUGUCUGGAUGUAACAGUUCCAAAUGAAUAAAUAUUUUACAGACAUCCGUGUGCAACUGAAAUGCAUCAUGAUGUAUAUAGUCAUGGACUUGUGCUUUGGAUCCUGCUUUUUAGCAUGACAUUUGUCUGACCAUCUGCAGAAGAUCCUGAUUGUGCUUUAUAGGUACUUUGAUAGCAUGCCAUGCUCUGGCAGGCUAACAACAUUGCCUGCCUAGUAAGACCUGCUAUCUCCCAUCUUAACUUCUGACCACAAUAUUAAAGCACAUCCAAGUAGAAAAGUUAUCUGGCCUGUCUUUCUUACAAACUAUGAAACUAGCAGCCUUCUAAGGACAUAAAGAGGUGGAGUUUUCUUCAGUUCCAUACCGGGACCCUAACUCCCAACCUGCAGACUUGAACAGACCUAAAUAUGCAUUUGUGCUUUUUUAAUGUGGCCUAAAACAAAACAAAGUAAUACAGCUCACAAGAAAAAAGGUCAAUCGUCAUAGUGUCUUGCCUUGUUUCCAUGUGACUGACUUUAUAUGACGUCACAUAAGCAAGUAGUAGUAAAGAUGAGCAUGCUUUUUUGGGAGCUAUUUUGUUUGAAUCUGUUGUCAUAAAACACAAGAAUUAAUAAUGGAGCCUGGAAUAAGGACAACAAUUUAAGGACUCCAAUAUCAUCCUGAUGUGUGCUUACCUGGAUCAGUGUUUGUAUUAUGAGCUUCUACUAGGAUCAGUGAUAUCUUUGUAUAAAUAUAUAUAUUUCUAUAAAAUGUAUAUGUCAUAAUAACAGGAUUACUUGUAUGUGUGUUUUUUUCUGUUUAUUGAAAUAUUUGUAUUUUAACUGAAAUUUUUAUUCCCCAGUGUACAUUUUUUUACCCAGACACAUCUUUAAUAAAUUUAACCAAGGUGUGGUAACAAGU